AAAAGCAACCAAUGGAACAAAGAAGAGCACAAACCAAAAAACAGAGUCCUCUGUUUCCUCUGUUUUCAUUCACUUUCUUCUUCUUCUUCCUUCUAUCACCCACUUCCGGCCAAAGCCCGGCGGCUUCUCCUGUGGGUGCGGCGGCGUCUAGCCCGGAGGACGUGAUAGCGGUGCUGAAGAAGGCGGGGCAGUUCACGACGUUCAUAAAGCUAAUGAAGGGGACGCAGGUGUCGGACCAGAUAAACUCGCAUCUGAGCGGCGGCGGGUCGCAGGGGAUAACGGUGUUCGCGCCGACGGACGGGGCGUUCUCGGGGCUGAAGACGGGGACGCUGAACUCUCUGUCGAGCGAGCAGCAGAUCCGGCUGGUGCAGUACCACGUGCUGCCGGCGUACUACACGCUGUCACAGUUCCAGACUGUGAGUAAUCCGCUCCACACGCAGGCUGGCAACAGCGACAAUGGCCAGUACCCUCUCAAUGUCACUACCUCCACCAGCAACCAGGUGAACAUCACGACCGGUGUGGUGAACGCCACCGUGAGUAACACCGUGUACACCGACGGGCAACUGGCGGUAUUCCAGGUUGACAAGGUGUUGCUCCCCAUCGACAUUUUCGGGAAGGCCAAGGCCACGGCUCCGGCACCGGCGCCGCUCUCUGCCAAACCGGUGAAAGGCGUUGACGACAGCGACUCCGAUGAUGCUCCGGCCACCUCCAAGGUUCCCACGGAUACGGAUGAUUCCGGUGCGUUUGGCCUUCCCGCCGUAGAUUAUAAUAAGGCGGUUCUUCUAAGUGUGUCCUUUGUCGCACUUCUCGCGGCGUUUUGAACAUUUUUUUGGUGCCUUUAGUUUGUUUCGGUCUUCUUGGUGUGUGGAAUUUGGCAACGCGGAUUUU